CAACUCAACACAAACACAGAGCGAGCGAGCGAGCGAGAAACCCUGCGUUUUCGCUACUCUUUUGACUGCUCGGCCGGACCUCUCUUACUCGGCCCCUGCUUUUUCACUCUCGCUCUUUCAGUCGAAAAUGCCUUCCAUUGCUUCUUCUUCUUCUUCUUCCCAACUUCCUCACAUAAAAAACUCCCAUCAAAAUCCACAACCCAACGGCAAGAAGUCCCAAACCAACUUCAGAGACGAUUCUCUCCGAAGGAAGCAGUUGAUUGCCCAACAGAAGAAAUCACUGCCGAUUGCGUCAGUUGAGAAAAGAAUCGUGGAGGAAGUGAGGAAGAAUGACAUACUAAUAAUAGUUGGCGAAACGGGAAGUGGGAAAACAACACAAUUGCCACAAUUUUUAUUUAAUGGGGGCUUCUGUCAUGAUGGAAGAGUUAUUGGGAUCACACAACCACGUCGGGUUGCUGCUGUUACUGUUGCGAAACGCGUAGCAGAAGAAUGUGGAGUGGAGUUAGGCCAAAAAGUUGGGUAUUCAAUUAGAUUUGAUGAUGUAACUUCCAGCUCCACAAGGAUCAAGUACAUGACUGAUGGACUUUUACUAAGGGAAGCAUUACUGGAUCCUUUGUUGUCUAGGUAUUCUGUCAUCAUAGUUGAUGAAGCUCAUGAGAGAACAGUCCAUACUGAUGUGUUGCUAGGCUUGUUGAAAGAUGUACAAAAUGCAAGGUCACGAUCUACCAUUCAACAAAAUAAUUCUGGGAAGAUGAAUGCUCACAAUGGGAGAGUGAUUGAUAAAGAAGACAAUGCUCGAUGCCACCGUCAUCUAAAGACAUGCCAGGGUCCAAAAGUUCCUCCUCUAAAGUUGAUUAUAAUGUCUGCUAGUUUGGAUGCGAGAGGUUUUUCUGAGUACUUUGGUGGUGCUAGAGCUGUUCAUAUUCAAGGGCGACAACACCCUGUAGAUAUACUUUAUACUUAUCAUGCUGAGCCAGACUGCCUGGAUGCGGCCUUAAUUACUAUUUUUCAGAUUCAUUUGGAGGAGAGUCCCGGUGAUAUACUUGUAUUUUUGACUGGGCAAGAAGAGAUUGAAUCUGCAGAAAGACUAGUCCAAGAGCGGGUGCAACAAUUACCCGAAGGCAGUCAAAAGAUUUUAACCAUUCCUAUAUAUUCAUCUCUUCCUUCAGAGCAGCAAAUGAAAGUUUUCAGGCCAACCCCAUCUGGCUUUCGCAAGGUCAUAUUGGCAACAAAUAUUGCUGAGACAUCAAUAACAAUCCCUGGAAUCAAGUAUGUUAUAGAUCCUGGAUUGGUGAAGGCUCGUUCUUACAACCCACUCACAGGGAUGGAAGCACUGAUUAUCAUCCCAACCUCAAAAGCACAAGCUCUUCAGCGGAGUGGUCGUGCAGGGCGUGAAGGACCUGGCAAGUGCUAUCGCUUAUACCCUGAGAGCGAAUUUAGUAAACUUGUGGAUUCCACUGUCCCGGAGAUCAAGCGGUGCAACCUCUCAAAUGUUGUACUACAGCUUAAGGCUCUAGGCAUUGAUGAUAUUAUCGGGUUUGACUUCAUGGAAAAGCCUUCGAGGAUGGCUAUUGUGAAAUCUUUGGAGCAGUUAUUUGUACUAGGGGCUCUGACCAACGAUUAUAAACUAUCAGAACCAGUUGGGCGUCAAAUGGGCAGCUUGCCCUUAGACCCCAUGUACUCAAAGGCACUCAUUUUAGCUAGUGAAUUCAACUGUUUGGAAGAAAUGUUGAUCACUGUUGCGGUGCUCUCUGUGGAAUCGAUCUUUUACACCCCUCGGGAAAAGUUGGAAGAGGCAAGAGCUGCGAGGAAGCUUUUUUCCAGUCUAGAGGGAGACCACAUCACAUUGGUUAAUGUAUAUCGGGCAUCUGCAGAGUGCUUGCAGAAGAGCAAGAUGGCAAACAGUAAAGAGAAAACAACUGAGAAACGCUUGAACAAAUGGUGCAGGGAAAAUUUCAUCAAUAGCCGUUCCCUGAGGCAUGCCAGAGACAUUCACAGCCAAAUUCAAGGGCAUGCCAAACAAUUGGGUCUGCAUAUUUCUUCAUGUGGGGAUGAUAUGGUGCAGUUCUGCAGAUGUCUUGCUGCAUCUUUUUUCCUAAAUGCUGCUUUGAAACAGCCUGAUGGAUCAUACAGGGCUAUGGCAAGCAGUCAGCUAGUUCAAAUCCACCCUUCUUCAGUUUUAUUUCGGACAAAACCAGAAUGUAUUAUUUUCAAUGAAUUGGUGCGAACAAAUCAUAAUUAUGUUCGAAAUAUAACAAGAAUCGAUCCGCUGUGGCUACCUGAGUUGGCUCCACAAUACUACGCCACACAAAAUUAGGGUUUUAAUACAGGAUGCAUGAGAUACUUAUUUCCCUACCCCAACUCUUGAGACAGUUUCUGUAAUUCCUCUUCAAUCAGAAAUCUGCCCCACCAAAUUCUGAUGUCUGCAGCAAAAAGCCAUCCUGGUGCAAUGGUGGUUGGGCGGAGAGUCUAUAAUGAUUUUCGCACUGGCUUUCAUCCAUUCUCACACACCUUUUUGGUAUCCUGAGUGGGCCUGUGCAUCAAUGGUGGAAAAGUAGGAAUGGUUCGAGAUGGCCUUUCGGGUCUCGUCUUUUUCCACAAGUGCUCAGUUGGGCUGUUCAUCAAGGGAAGCUUCCUCAAUGCUUGAUUUCCAUGACCUAUGGUGGUGGAUUUCAUUGAAUGCAAAAUUCAUGACUAAGUGAUAAUCUGAGCUGUUCAUCUAGAAGGCCCACUGCAGGUGGUUCAAUCUGGACUGUUGUUUCUAACGCACCUUUUGUAUGGUCAGUGAGAAUCUCUGUUGUUAAAUAAAUGAAUGCAGAAGAGAAAUGAAAUAUUUAUGUUCUAAGAUAUUCAAA